AUCGGUAGUUCGCAUAUUAUUCGGUUUUCGUUAUACGAUUUGUCCAACUGUACUGUAGCGUGUAAUCCACUUUCUGCACUCUCUUUUUUAUUUUGUUAGUUCAUUUAGUUUAAUUUUAUCAAACCAAAUCCGAGUUGGACCGUUUUAGAAUAUAAUUAACUAUGAUAUUACACUCUCGUUUUAUAUUCCGACUGUGAAAUAUCCACGACGUUAACCAUGCUGAAGAGUGAUGGCAUUUUUCUUGACUCUUUGAUUUCUUUGUGGGAAAGAAAUCCAAGUUGACUUUUCAGCUGUGAAUGGACUGGAAAUAUGAAGUAAAUGGAAAUCAAAGUUUUAUUUCAGGUUCAAAUGGGACGUAGGAUCCGUGUACAGCGUAAGGGGCCGGGAGGUAUUUUUAAAGCUCAUAACAAACACCGAAAGGGAGCAGCUAAGCUACGACCAGUCGAUUAUGCCGAGCGACAUGGUUAUAUUAAGGGAGUUGUGAAAACUAUUAUGCACGAUCCAGGACGUGGAGCACCUUUGGCACUCAUCGAAUUUCGCGAUCCUUACCGGUAUAAAAUUGUGAAGAGUACAAUGAUUGCCGCAGAAGGGAUGCACACCGGACAGUUCAUUUAUUGUGGACGGAAAGCUCAAGUUCAAGUUGGUAACAUCCUUCCACUUUCCGAAUUACCUGAAGGAACUACUGUGUGCAAUUUGGAAGAAAAGACUGGUGAUCGCGGCCGUCUUGCACGCACUUCUGGCAAUUAUGCUACUGUUGUUGCGCACAACCCAGAAACUAAGAAGACCCGUGUACGCUUGCCCUCGGGCGCAAAGAAGGUCUUGGAUUCUUCAAAUCGAGCAAUGAUCGGUAUUGUCGCUGGUGGUGGAAGAACAGACAAACCAUUACUGAAAGCAGGAAAUGCGUAUCACAAGUACAAGGCUAAGCGCAAUUGCUGGCCGACAGUACGUGGUGUUGCAAUGAACCCUGUUGAGCAUCCUCAUGGUGGUGGUAAUCACCAACACAUUGGACAUCCAUCAACCGUGAAGCGUGGAACAAGCGCUGGACGUAAAGUAGGUCUUAUUGCGGCACGUAGAACUGGCAGAAUUCGUGGUGGCAAGCCAGAAAAACACGGAAAAGACGAAGCAGUUUAAAGCUGAGAAUAGUCUACUUUCGUGUUUUCAUGUCAUUAUUAUUGGUUAACACUUCUUGGAGUGUAUUUUAUUGUUAUAUAAAUUGUCAGAAUAAAUUUUUUGUUGACAC